AGCUCGCCUGGAGAGCGCGGUGCGCGCGUCUUGGAGCCAGACUGUGAGGCACUCACUGGUCUUUCGCGGAGCUACAGUACCCGGGAGAUCGCAGGAUCGUGGAACGCGGCGCGCAAAGCGUCCUGGGCUGGGCCGACGAAAGGGUCGGAUUCAGUUUCCUCUGCCUGGCUGAACUGCAGAGACCGCACGGUGCCCGGGGCUCCCGCCUCAGAGGAGCAGCUGGCUCGGGCCCCGGGGUCGCCCGCCUGCGCCCACCCUCCGUCCGCUGCCAUGGCCGACCACCUGAUGCUCGCCGAAGGCUACCGCCUGGUGCAGAGGCCGCCUCCGGGCGCUCCCGCCCACAGCCCUCACGCGCUCCGGACUCUUCAGCCAUACGCGGACCAGAGCGUGGACAGUGGGCUGAGGCCGCAGGGGGCUCCACUAGGACCGCCCCCUCCCCAAUCCGGGGCCCUGGCGUUCGGGGCUUUCGGGCCACCAUUCUCCUUUCAGCCCUUUCCUGCGGGGCCGCCACCCGCCGCCGGCAGCGCGCACCUGCAGCAGGUGGCCGCUUUGUAUCCGGGUCGCCAGACCGCUCCCCCGGGCGCCCCCGGAAGCCCCCCAGGCCUGCAGCCCACGCCCGGCGCCGCGGCCCCUCUGCAGCCCGCACACGCCCUGGGCAGCAUGGACGCCGAACUCAUCGACGAGGAGGCGCUGACGUCGCUGGAGCUCGAGCUCGGGCUGCACCGCGUGCGUGAGCUCCCGGAGCUCUUCCUGGGCCAGAGCGAGUUCGACUGCUUCUCGGACCUGGGGUCGGCGCCGCCCGCCGGCUCUGUGAGCUGCUGAGAGGCCUCGGCGUCCUAGAAGAGAAGCGAGCCUGAGUGCCCGCUGGAUCCCGCAGCUCGCGACGUGGCCCCGCACGCGCCCUCCGUGAGGGCGGUGGCCGCAAAGAGUGCAAAAGCCUAGCGGUGGGCGCGAUGCCGGGCUUGCCGCAAGGCCCUGCCUACUAUGGUGUGAAUGUGACUUCACUUCUCUGACCGGAGCCUCAGCGGUAAAGUGAAGUAGACUGUCGAGACUCGACGUUCUUAGCUUCUGGGUCCUGUCUUUUUCCUACCCCUCUCCAACCCCCAAUCUGAGCCAUUCAGGCCUCUCUGCCUGGUGUUCCUACUCCUCGAGCAACCCCCACUACCAGGAUGGGGUUCCCGGAGCCACCGUCCUUGAGCGCUCACCCUUGCUGGGCCUCCAGCCUGGGGAGGGGAAGAUGUACAGCCCGACCCCUGCGGAGUGGAGCAGUGCCCCAUCUGGCCUCCAAAACCAAAAUAAAACUGGGUCACUCUGCA